CCUUGGUUAACAUGGCAUCAUGCGCAAGAAUAUGGGAGUCUUCACAAUGUGUGUUUUUUAUGAGGGAAAACGUAAGCAGUGUAUACUUUGAAUGCAAAACAAAACACUUAUAUUAAUUUUCAGAUUUCAUUUAUAAAUGCUGUUAUCAGGCGAAAAACGAUGUCGGGAAUAUUUGAAAAGACACUUGAAUCUAUUGGGAGCUUACUAUCACCACUGGGGACCAACAUUGCAUUAAAAAACAUGCUUGAAAGAUGUAUUUCUGCCCGAACAAAAAGAGAGGAAGAAUGGUUGAUUCAAGACUGUCUAAGACUUGUAAAAGGGAAGUUGUGUGAACCAUCCACCAAACCAUCCACUAUUAUUAAAUGCCUUGCAUUUUCUAUUUUUUCCGAACUGUCGGGAUACAAAGCAGAAUUUGCUUAUAUUCAUGCUGUAAAAUUGGCUCAGUAUGGAUCCCUGGCUGAGAAGAAGAUGGGCUACUUGGCUUGUGCUUUCCUUCUGCGUGAAUGCGACUCACUCUCUGUUCUUCUAGUCAAUACAAUCUUUCGUGAUCUAACAAGUAAGAACAUGUAUGUGGUAGCAAUGGCUCUGUCUGCCAGCUGCCAUCUUGUUUCUCCUGAUCAAGUGACUGUCCUGCUACCUGUUUUGGAGGAGAAGCUUAAACAUCCUAGCGAAUAUGUUCGAAGCAAAGCUGUGAUAGUUUUACACCACUUUUGUCGUGUAUCUCCUCAGCUUUGUUUGCAGUAUGCGAACCAGGUGAAAGUGAUGGUGGGAGACAGAGAUCCUGGAGUGGUGGCCCACGUUCUGCAGUUCCUUAUAGAUGUUGCUGAGGAUUUACCUGGUGUGGUGAUGGAUGUAAUGUCAGCGUUAGUACAAAUUCAAAAUCAGAUCUUGGAUGGAAAACUUCCACAUGAAUACACAUACAAAGGACUACAUGCGCCUUGGAUGCAGAUAUCCAUAAUCAGGUUGCUACAAUAUCUGCAAGAACCUAGCAUGGAUAUUUAUAUGCUUAUUCAAAAGACACUACAGAAUGCAAUGCCUCAGAUGCAGAAUUAUAUAGGAUCAGCCAUUGUGUGCGAGUGCAUAGCCACAUUGGUAAAACAUAAAGCUGGGGAUGAGAUGCUGGCGUCAGCAUUACUGUGUGUGGUAGACCUGAUGGGCAGUACAAGCAGUAACUUGAGGUAUGAAGGUCUGAGUUUGUUGGAGAAGGUACUUGAACAGUACAGGCUACCACUGUCACCCGCACAACAGGAUGUAGUGUUAUCAAGUCUGUGCCAUCCGGAUCAAGCCAUGAAACGCCGUACACUCAGUUUGCUGUGCACCAUGGCAGAAGCUCACAAUGUAGAGAUUGUGUGCACCCAGGUGGCUGAUUAUGUACGUGACCAUUGUGCGCACAAUCCAUAUAUUCAGCACGACUUGAUUUCCAGAGCCUUAGCUUUAACCGACAGAUUUCAAAACUCCCAAACACACUGGCAUAUUGCUGCACUUAUACGCCUCCUGCCACUGGCUCAAGAUAAACAAGCAAAGGCCAUACAAAGACGGAUUCAGCUCACAUUACUUGCAGGAAGUGGCAAUUUGGAGGAUAUAAUUGUUGCAAGAUCAAAAGUUUUGCACAUCCUUGCAAAAUAUGCAGAAUCUAAAACUGUGUCUACCUCGGUGAUCGAGGUCUACGUGUGGUGUCUUAGCCAGUUUUGCGGUGCAAAAGUAGAUGAUGGCCAGCAAGUACUUGAAAAGCUUGUAUCACUUGGAUGUAAAGUUUUGCGCAACCAAGAACCCAGUAAUGUGUCCCAAGGUAUUCAAAACCUUCUCAUUUCAAUCAUCCAUUCAGCAAGCCACGUUGCUGAGAAAUGUGGUACAACGAUAAGUUCUCUAGAAGAACUUCUACAAGAAAUAAUGAAGUCUCAUUUAGCAGACGCAUAUUUACGACACACAUGUUUGGAACUACUGGCAUCACUUCCUCAUAUAAGUGUUAUUCACCGAGCAUUACAACGAUCAAUACGGAGUGAAAAACAGUUUGACUUUACAUUGUCAUUUGUUGACAAAUUUGUAUGCGAGAGUCUUGCAGCUAAUGCAAUGCCAUAUCAGCCGAAACUUCUGCAUAUAGCAGUGCCUGUACCUGAAAUGACAUCUCUUCCUUCUGAUUCUAUGACCGCGCCACCAGAUACUGUUGCAUUGCCAAGCACCUGCCCUAGUCCCGUUAGUUCCGGUACUAGUUCUAUUAUCGAUUUCCCUAGGAGUGAAUCCUUCAGUUCUGAAGACUCCAAGUCGUGGUCACUAAGGAGUCCUCAAAAAGAAGACAUCUUGGCAAAACCGCUGUGGAGCCGAGAAGGUCGAACCAAGAAUGUCGACCCCUUUGUUUAUGUAGGACAUAAAGAUCAGUUGGCUGUUGUAACAUCAGACAGUGAAAUGCAACAUUUGGCAAGCCUGCUCUUCAACAGACAAGAGCCAGGGGCUGCAGGGGAGGAAACAUCACAGGGAGACCCAUUGGAUGAGCUGCUAAACAAAGACUUUCAAAAACUAUCUGUACUUAAAUCUGAGAGGAGUUGAUAUUAGAAAGUUUCUGCACUGUGAAAAGUGUGUUUUGCAUCCUCCGCUGUGAGAAUUUCUAUGCCAAACUCUUUUUCCACCUAGAAUUGCUUAACAUUUUUCUUAGAAACUUGUGCAGGCAAAUCAUUAGAUCCCAUUCUUUGAAUAGAAUGUGAUAUUUAUUCAUCAAAUUUAUAAGCUUACAAACUUGCUUCAUGAGCUGUACAUGUGUUUAUGAUUUCAAGCGUAAAAUAAAGUUGAUAUCAGAUAUAGAAGCUGGUAACUCAACUUUCUUUCAACUCUAAGAAUUUUACUGCAUUCUGAAGCCAUCCAAGGGACGGAUUCGCAGUUAACUGCAUGAAGAUGUAUAAAGAUCAAGUGAUAUAGAUGGCAGUGGUAACUGGUACGAUUGCACCCGUGAAUAUAUUAAUGUUACAUAGAGUUUGUAUUUAUGUUGUAUCAGACUGUGUUCAUAUGUUUUCAAAUAAUUGAAACAGGGUAUUCUACUGCAUAUGUAAAAAAUUCUGUACUUUAUUCAUCAGUGAUAUUUAAUCAUAUUUAUGAAACUAAAGUUUAUAUUUUACGAGUGCUCAAUUUUAACACACUGGGUGCCUUACAUUUCCACAAAAUACAUGUACAGUACUCGGUUUCUGUCCAUAUAAUGACUUUUAUACUUUGUAUUCCUCGAUUCCAAUAAAAGAUUUAUGAAUAUCGUAGAAUAACAUUUCAGUUAUAUUGGGACAAAACUAAUUUUACCAAUAUCUUAGUCAUUGAUCCAUCACCUUAAUGACUUGUUAAAAACCCAUUCACUUUAUUGACUUGAUUGUAAUAGUGGAUAUGUUAUGUCGGACUUGUGGUUUUCAUGUAAUUUCAGGUCCUGCCAUUUUAGUUUGGUAGCGCAUAUCACUUUUUCCUUAACAUGGCAGAUAAAUCUACAGAAAUAAUUUAUUUAAAUAAAAAAUAUCUAACUCACUCCA